UGAUGAUGAUGAAGAUGAUAGCAAUAACAAUAAUGUAAUUGUUCCACCAGUUAAUACUGAUGAUUUCUUAAAUGAAGAAGAGUUUGAAGAUCAAGAACAAUUACCAUUGCCAUCAUUAGAAGGAAACAAGUGA